UCAAAAAACAAUUGAACAUUGCCAACUUGCUACGGUGUCCAAAUUGAACAUCUGCGAGACUGCAAAUCGUUCUUUCACUCGACAGCUUCGAGCUCUGAGCAUUUUGCGCAAGGAAGGGAUAGAGAUGUCGGGAGACAAUUCAAACCACUUACCUGUCGCCCACACCAAUGCCUCUAACAGUUCAGACCUCGGAAUAUGCCACCUUCCUCCCACUUCAAAAAAUCUUGCACUUUCAUUGAUUCUUGUUGCUAUCUGCAUAGUAACAUUUUGUGGAAACUUGUUCGUUUGCGCCACUGUUUACAUCCAUUGCGCUCUUCGUUCCACAACAAAUUAUCUCAUUGUUUCUCUAGCUUUGGCCGAUCUGUUGGUGUCUCUUCUGUCGAUGCCAUUCAGAAUCCACUUUACACUACGUAACAACAACUGGUGUCUUCGUUCUAAUGUUUGCGGUCUUUGGAUCUGGGUGGAUUUUGUUGCAUGUAGCUCAUCUAUAGGUAGUUUGGCCGCUGUGUCCAUCGACAGAUUCGUCGCUGUAAAAUUCCCUCUUCGCUACCGUGUUCUCCUCACAAAACAGACCAGCUUGAAGAUGAUAUGCUUCGUGUGGAUGUACUCGAUGAUAUUCGCUUCCCUUGGUAACUACAACUGGACAUUUCACGCAUUCGAGACUUUCACACAAUGCCAUAAAAAUGACCGUGUGUUCUACACCACGGUGGCGAGCUUGGCGUUCUUCUUGCCCCUUGGAAUCAUUAUUGGAACGUAUUCUUAUCUCACUAAAGUCGCUGUACACCAGCGCCGGCGGACUUUAACCAAUACGGUCCGUCCGGAAGGUGAGAGGCCUUUUCGACGAGCCCGCAUUUUGCACGAGCUGAAAGCAGCGAAAAUGAUGGCUUGUGUAGUUUUAAUAUUCAUUGCUAGCUGGGCGCCUUUCUUUAUCUUGAUGCUCUCGGGUUUUUGGCACGACCGUCUAAACAUACCUUAUGCCGUCAGGGAUAUCUUUGUUCCUAUACUACCCAACCUUAACAGUGCUAUAAACCCUUUCAUGUACAUGGCGUUUACACGCGAAUUACGAGAGCAAGUGGCAAAGUUGGUUGAGAGAUUAUUCUGUCGAUCUUGCAAAUGUCAUGAGUCCAGAGUUCCGUAGGAAGAUCGCGAACGUGGACUCAGCCUGUGAUUUUCGGGAAUCUGAAACACACGUGAGGCGCAGUAUUCGAGCCAAAAUCAUCGCAAGCUGCACUGGAGAAAUUGUUUCAUUAUUCAUUCUAUAUAUCACGAGAAGAAGUGAAAAAGUAUAUCAACGAAGGAUGCAAAUGUUUUCUUCCAAACCUGUGAAUUCUGUACAUAUGAAAUGUUGUAUCUGAUUACGACUUUGUUCUCAAAA